CGUUCGGCCCCAAAGAUCCCAGCAUGAGCCUUGUCUGCGGCGUCUGCAACGAGAAGCCGUCCAAGUACAAAUGCCCCGUCUGCCGCCUGCGCUACUGCUCGGCGCCAUGCUACAAGCUGCAUAAGGACGCUGCUUGUGGCCAGCCGGCCGCGCCCGCCAAGCAAGCGCCAGCGACAAGCAGCCCCGAGGCCACGCCCGUGCCUGCGCCAUCGGCCAGCGAGCCCAUGCCUAUGCCAUCGGUCAGCGAGAUGACCGCGCCCAUCCCGACAGACAUCCUCGAGCCCACCAGAAACGCUGAUAGUGUCAUCGCUGCCGUGCCAGCGAUCGUUGAAGAUGUAGAGGCAGCCGUCGAGACCGUUCUUGCUGCCGAGCCCAGCGACGUCGACGCGAUGGCCAUGGACGCGGCCGAACGUCUCGCCGCACACACGAACGUCACAGAUGCGGUGGACGAAGCGCUGGUCGUGCCUGCAUUGAUUGCAGACGACGACGACGAAGCGAACAUCCAUCUCUUGACCAAGGCGCAGCUGCAAGCGAUCGCAUCGUCAACUCUUGUGCACAAGGCCCUCGAGAACCCGCAUUUCCGCAGCCGCAUCCAAGAGAUUGACAGCCACGCGGACCGCCUGCUCGAGCUCCAGAAGGCGCUGACCGACCCGAGCUUUGCUCAGUUUGUCUAUGGCAUGAUGGACGAAGUGCGCGAAGCCGGGCCGUGACACCGUACUAAGUCAUACCUACAGGAAUAGAAACCAGAUAACACUCUAUAGAGACUCGUCUUUCAACUUCGC